CGGCGCGCGCCCCUCGGGCCCCGCCCAUCGCCCCGCGGCGUCACGUGACUCGGCGGCGGCUCCCGGCGCGGUUGGACGCUGGAGGCCAAGAUGGCGGCGGAGCUGGUGGAGGCGAAAAACAUGGUGAUGAGUUUCCGAGUCUCAGAUCUUCAGAUGUUGCUGGGUUUCGUUGGCAGGAGUAAAAGCGGACUUAAACAUGAACUAGUCACCAGAGCGUUGCAAUUGGUGCAAUUUGACUGCAGCCCUGAGGUUUUCAAGAAAAUUAAGGAGCUCUAUGAGACUCGCUAUAACAAGAGGAGCUCUGAAGCUGCUCAGCCCCAGCCCCAGCAGCACCGCUCCGCUGAGGCACUCUCCAUACACUCCAGCUACGACCGCGGGAGCACCAUUCCCCGGACUACUAUCACCACCACUAACAUUGACUAUCCUGCUCUCUAUGGGAAAUACCUUAACGGACUGGGGAGGUUGCCCCCCAAAGUUGCAAAGCCUGAAGUUCGCCUGGUGAAACUUCCCUUCUACACGACCCUGGAUGAGCUGUUGAAGCCAACAGAAUUAGUCUCUUUUUUUCCUUCUCCAGUUCCACAGAAUAAUGAGAAGCUUCAGGAAAGUCCAUGUAUUUUUGCAUUAACACCGAGACAAGUGGAGUUGAUCAGAAAUUCCAGGGAGUUGCAACCUGGUGUGAAAUCAGUUCAGGUUGUCCUAAGAAUCUGUUACACAGACACUAGUUCUCCUCAGGAGGAUCAGUACCCCCCGAACAUCGCUGUGAAAGUGAACCACAGCUACUGCUCAGUGCCGGGCUACUAUCCAUCAAACAAGCCUGGAGUGGAACCUAAAAGGCCCUGUCGUCCCAUCAACCUCACCCAUCUCAUGUACUUGUCUGCAGCCACCAAUCGCAUCACCGUUACCUGGGGGAACUACGGGAAGAGCUAUUCCGUGGGGCUGUACUUGGUGCGGCAGAUGACCUCAGCAGAGCUGCUGCAGAGGUUGAAAACCAUCGGGAUCAAACACCCAGAACUCUGCAAAGCCCUUGUAAAAGAGAAGCUACGCUUGGACCCAGACAGCGAAAUUGCCACUACAGGUGUUCGUGUCUCGCUUAUCUGCCCGCUGGUGAAGAUGCGGCUGUCUGUGCCGUGCCGGGCAGAGACCUGUGCACAUCUGCAGUGCUUUGACGCAGUCUUCUACCUACAGAUGAAUGAGAAAAAGCCCACGUGGAUGUGCCCCGUGUGUGACAAACCAGCACCCUAUGACCAGCUAAUAAUUGAUGGACCUGGUGGAUGGAGUCCUAGAUGCAGACUGCAGAGCGAGCUGGGCUGGCAGCAGGGGCCACCUGAGGCAAGCCAGACAGCUGGCAACGAUGCUUGUCAGCUCCAGAAAUAUGGGUUCUCUAGAGAAGAGCACAAUAAAUUGCCUGGCUUUUGUCCAAGAGUAAAGGGAGAAACAAGGAGUGAAUUAAAGCCAAUAGAAAUCUCCACCCACCCCCCAGAAGAAGCUGCUUUGCCUCAGAACUCAGCGAGCCUGGUUUCCAGGCUGGGACCACUGACACCCACCGUGGUGCAGCCAAGCAGAGAGCAGCCCUGAGGACUGGUGGAGCAAGCUGCAUGGUUCUUGGCUUCUGGAAAAUUACCUCCACCCUCCUGGCUUGGAUAAUUGGCCUCUGAUCCAGGUUCCCUCAAAAGUAGGAAGCGUUGAGAGGAAUUGUUCAGGUGCACCCAGCUCCCUUGGCACACAAGGCAGUGAAGUGAGCAGAUGAGUCUCCACCUGGGUGGUGUAUUCCCAGGGCCAGGCUGGUAAUAUUCUGGGCAUUGCUGUGUUUGUAGGUACUGAUUUGGUCCAGGACUUGUGGCUUUUCAGACUGUCUGAAGCAGCUCAGGCAUAGAUAACCUGUUUGCUUUGCCCUGUGGCCAACACCGGCAGGAAAAGCCAGUUCCUUUGAGAUCUCCAACAAGGCUGCUGGGACUGAAGGGGAAGGUGUGAGGGGCUGGAUUGUGGAACCUCUACAGGUCAGCAAUGCACGUGUGAGUGGUGAGGUGAGGAGGAGGUUGUCACUGGUGAAGGCUCAGUGGAUCUCUUUGUGCUCAAGGCUGGGCUUCAGCGUGGUUCUGUUGGAUGAAGGCAGCCUUCAGACCUCGCUUGAAAGUAAGCUGGAGGGAACCUGGUGGUCUCAGCUGGAGGUUGGUGGUCAAAAAAGGGGGCACAGGCUCCUGAGGAGGUGAGUGGUUGGUCGAGUCUAAGCUCCUCUGGGCCUUGUCAGCUUGUUUGGAAUUGCAGCCUUGGUGGUUGCUCAGCUGGGUGAUGACAGGACCAUCUGUGGAAACAUGUUUCUUACUUGAGCUGGGAGAAAGCAGCAACUUUCUCCCACCACUGUGCUGCAAAUAGUUCUCUGGAGCUUGUCAGGUUUUUGCUACUAGUUCUCCUUCAUACCAAAUGGAAACGUUCAAGGCCAGGAGUGAAUAAAGCCUUGCAGAACAGUGGUUCCAAUCGUAGGUGCAAAGAAACACCCCAGGCAAGGGGUGGGACAGGUCAGAAUGAAGCCAGGACCCAGUUUUGGAGGCACAGUGAGUGGAGGCUCGCUCCUUCUGGUCGGUGUCUUUGUCAUCGAGGUGUCUCCACUGGGUGUGUUUUCAGUGGGGGACAUGGGGUUUUUUGCUGUUGCAGGAGGCUGCUUAUAUUGUUUUGGUGGCUGCUGGGGAGGCUUUGGAAAACAAAAGGAAGGAAGUGAAGUACUGGAUUGCUUAGUUCCUAAUGUUGGAGGGUAUUUUGCCUUUGCUAAUGCCUCAGUGUGAAGGUUCCUGCACCAGCCCUCACCCAGCUCUAGAUGGGGCACCAAGAGACCUGGAAUCAGUGCCACUGCUUGGAAAACUGGGUGAAGAGGCAAAACUAUCUUCUAAUGGCAUGUAAUGAAACUGUUAGUUCGUGGGUCAGGUUCAUUGUCAGAAAGGACUGGGGUGGUUUAUGGGAAUAUAUCAA